AUGUCUCAGGCAGCCAAGAAUUCUCUCGUGAAAUUGAUAGUCGCAGCUGGUCAAGCAGCUCCCUCUCCUCCAGUUGGUCCAGCUUUGGGCUCUAAAGGUAUCAAAGCUAUUGAUUUCUGUAAAGAAUUUAACGCCAGAACAGCUAGUUAUGAGGCAGGAAUCCCUAUUCCAACUUUAAUUACCGUUAAACCAGAUAGGACGUUUACAUUCGAGCUAAAAUCACCUCCAACUGGGUAUUUACUUUUGAAGGCCCUUGGAAUAGAAAAGGGAUGCGGCACACCAAACCAAAAAGCUAAAGAAGGUACAGUUGGCCAGCUUUCUCUAAAACAUGUAUAUGAAAUAGCAAAGAUUAAAAAGACAGAUCAAAGACAUUCAUUAUUAGAGAUGGAAAGUAUUGUAAAGUCUGUUAUUGGUGUUGCUAAGAGCAUGGGUAUUAGAGUUGUUCCAUGA